AUGUCUAUUGCCGAAAAGAAGGAGACCGACGCUUAUGCGGCGCCUGGGAAUGUUGCAACGUCGCCUUCUUCUAGUAGUAUCGCUGAAUUUGCGGGCAUCAACGAGAAAUCUUUGCUUCGAAAGCUGGAUCUUCGUUUGCUCCCACCCCUGACCCUCCUAUAUCUGUUGUCCUUUCUGGACCGCAGCAAUGUUGGAAAUGCCCGGUUGGAAGGAAUGACGACCGAUAUCAAAAUGACGGGUGACCAAUACUUGACCGGUCUCACCCUCUACUUUAUUGGAUACGUUCUGUUUGAAGUUCCAGCAAAUACAGUCUUGAAGUUGACCAGACCGAGUCUCUGGUUGCCAACCCUCACGCUGGUAUGGGGAAUAGUCGCAACCCUUUUGGGAGUGGUCCAGAAUUAUCCUGGCUAUCUAGCCUCUCGCUUCUUCCUCGGUGUUGCCGAGAGCGGUCUUUUCCCUGGUGUGGUCUUUUAUCUUUCUAUGUGGUAUAAACGCAAUGAGCAGCAUUACCGGGUUGCUCUGUUUUUCUCUGCGGCCUCGUUGGCUGGUGCCUUUGGUGGUAUACUUGCAUGGGGUAUCGCACACAUGGAUGGCGUGGGUGGAUACAAGGGAUGGCGCUGGAUCUUCAUUUUGGAAGGACUUUUGACAAUUGCUGUGUCAGUGAUCGCCUACUUUUGGGUUCACAACUACCCAGCGACGGCCAAAUUCCUGACAAAGGAGGAGCGAGACUUCAUCCAAUUCCGCUUGAAAAACGAUAACGAUUCCACUCGCGAUGAAACCUUCUCCUGGUCCGCGGUACUUGAUGCAUUCAAAGAUCCGAAGGUGUGGCUAUAUGGCCUUGGCUUUCACUCGUUGAGCCUGCCGCUCUAUACGCUUUCUCUGUUUUUGCCCACAAUCAUCAAAGAGCUGGGAUACAGUGCUGCACAAGCUCAGCUGCUGACGGUUCCGCCUUACGCAAUCGCCACUGGGAUGACCGUCGGUGUCGCCGUGCUCUCUGAGAAAACACACCGACGAGCUCCCUUUAUCAUGGGCGGAUCUGCUCUCGCUUGUAUUGGCUACAUUAUCUUGCUCUCACAGCACCGAGCUGGGGUUAGCUAUGUAGGCACAAUCUUCGCCGCUGCAGGAAUCUACCCCGCCGUUGCUACCGUGCUAUCUUGGCCAGCAAAUAAUGUCUCGGGACAGACCAAACGUUGUAUCGCCAACGCCCUUCAAAUCUCCAUUGGAAAUCUUGGAGCAGUGCUUGGAACACAGCUGUAUCGAACUGAGACAAGUCCACGGUUCUUCUUGGGACAUGGUUUUGCUCUUGGGUAUUUGGUGGCUAAUAUUAUCGUCGUCGCGGUGACUUGGUGGGUCCUCAAGCGAGCGAAUGCCCAGAAAACGGUUGAAAGGGAGCAGAAAGGUCUUCGUCCGUUGAUGGGCGAUGUUGGAGACGCGGAAGGAGAGUUCCUCGGUGACCGUGACCCUCGCUGGGUGUUCCAGACCUGA